ACCCCUGGCCUCAUUUACCACUCAUCAUGGAGACCCAGCGUGUCCUCUCGUCCUACCGAAAGCGUUUCGGGACUCAGAGCAGCCCCUCAGCCCCGCACGUCACCAGGAGCCUCGGGCGUCUGUCCCUCCACAGCACCCCACGACACACGGCCCUGUCCAGCCCAAGCGUGUCACGUCUGUCCCUGGGAACCGAGAGGCUUGACUUCUCGGCCGACUCGCUGCUGAAGGCUCAGUACCGUGAGACGCGCACCAAUGAGAAGGUGGAGAUGAUGGGCCUGAAUGACCGCUUUGCCAGCUACAUCGAGAAAGUACGUUUCCUAGAACAGCAGAACAAGGUGCUGGUGGCCGAGCUGAAUCAGCUGCGUGGGAAGGAGCCAAGCCGCCUCGGGGACAUCUACCAAGAGGAACUGAGGGAGCUGCGCAGGCAGGUGGAUGGCCUGAACAAUGCCAAGGCACGGCUGGAGAUUGAGAGGGACAACCUGGCAGCUGAUGUGGGCACACUGAAGCAGAGACUUCAGGAUGAGACCGCGCUGAGGCAAGAUGCAGAAAACGGCCUGAAUGCAUUUAGACAGGAUGUGGACGAGGCAGCUCUGAACAGGGUGCAGCUGGAGCGGAAGAUUGAAGCGCUGCAGGACGAGAUCAAUUUCCUGAAGAAAGUCCACGAGGAGGAAAUGCAGGAGCUGCAGGAGCAGGUGAAUGCUCAGCAGGUGCACGUGGACCUGGACGUGUCUAAACCGGACCUGACUGCUGCACUGAGGGAGAUCCGAGUGCAGUACGAGGCCAUGGCAACCUCCAACAUGCAGGAGACUGAGGAGUGGUACCGCUCCAAGUUUUCGGAUCUGACUGACGCAGCCAAUCGGAACGCAGAGGUUCUGCGCCAGGCAAAACAGGAAGCCAACGAUUACCGCAGACAGAUUCAGGUCCUGUCGUGUGACCUGGAGUCUCUGCGUGGAACCAACGAUUCUCUGGAGCGGCAGCUGCGUGAGAUGGAGGAGCGUUUCUCCACGGAUACAGCGGCGUAUCAGGACACGGUGGUGCGUCUGGAGGAUGAGACCCAGGCGCUGAAGGAGCAGAUGGCCCGACAUCUGCAGGAGUACCAGGACCUCCUCAACGUCAAACUGGCGCUGGACAUCGAGAUCGCCACCUACAGGAAGCUGCUGGAGGGCGAGGAGAGCCGGAUCACUGUUCCUGUGCAGAAUUUUUCCAACAUACAGUUCAGAGAAACCAAUAUUGACACUAAAACACCUCCCGAGAGUCUCACUAAGAGAAGCAUCAUCGUGCGCACCGUGGAGACACGCGAUGGAGAGAUCAUAAAGGAGUCGACCACGGAGAGGAAGGAGCAGCCGUAAUCAGACAGCCGCGUCUGACGUGGGGCGACGAGACUUCUUCGCUUCAUCACCACACACAAAAGGAAUGACCACGACACUGAGAUUACACUGCUGAAGCAAACUCGAGGGAAACCGGAGAAUCUGAGAUUAGAAGCUGAGAUUUUGGAUAAACACGAGCGCAAUAAAACAGAACGUCACUGCUACAAUAAAACCAUUAACAGACUUAACAAAAUGAUAUAUUAUCCAGCCUUCAAGCCUUUACUCUUAUAUCACCAUUUACUGUUCACUAACAUCUCAAUAGCAGACAGACUGUCAGACAACCUGAGUGUUUAGAACACAUAGAUUAAAAUAGGUACUGAUAAAGAUAAGGUUGAAAGUGACGUCUGAUCGUAUCUAAUUAAAGAGAUCGUAGGUCAUAAUUACGAUAAAAUCUGUUCAUUCCUGCUCAAAGAGGACCAGUGCUGCCUUCAUAUGUUAUUAUUGGCUCCAGUGAUUGUUGCUGCAGAAAAUGUAUUAUCCUAAAUACGCCGUACUUUUGUAAUAAUUAGCGAUCAGGCCAAAUACGUGAUUAGUCUUAGAUCUCACGGUAAUGUAAUACGUUUUCAAAAUUUCCAAGACGUCUAGACGCAACAACAACAACAACGACAAAAAAAAAAAAAACGUUCGCCCUAAAGUACGGAGAUACAACAGAGCUAAACUGACCGUACUCUCUGGGUAGGAGGGGCAUACUCUCUCUCUCUCUCUCUCUCUCUCCUGUCAAUCACAGCGACACUAGUCAGUCGUGGGCAUCCGUGAAAUUAUGUAUAUGGAAGAGAGCGGCGAGCAUUUUCCUCGGAGUGACAGCUGCAGUUCGAAAAGAUGCAGGUUGCUAGCUUCACGUCUCUCUGAUUGGUAGCUGUCGUAGAAUCGUACGAGAGCUGGCUGAUGGGUAGGAAAUGACCGAGACCAAAUGAGAGAGAUGGGCAGAAAAAAUAGGAAAACGUUAAGGAAUAGAUCAAGCUAGCGAACUAGCCUAACCCUUGCAUUAUUGGACACUUAUUGGAAAGACUCCGUAAUAGGGACAAUAGGAAAACACGACGAAUCCAAUAAGCAUGUGAAGGCAGCACUGAGUUACACAUGACCAGGCUAGGAAAUGUACUGAGCUCUCAUUGUUAAUUGAACAUUUCUCUUUUUUUUUUGUUUUGUUUUGUUUUGUUUAGAGAGGAUGAUUGUGUAGAUUUGAGUAGGUGUGGAAGAGGCAGUGAGAUGUAGCUUCAAGUCGAAGGGGUCUGCAUAGACGUACUGUGUUGCAGCGGGAGGACGUGGACGGUUUAGCACUUUUUUGGGGAAUCUGGAAAGUAAUUUAGGAGCAUCCUAUAGCGAGGGGAAUUGAUCGGCGGUGCUACGUGAAUAUGGGAGUUUUUCGCCUCAUCCUUGUGUGUCUCUUGACUUUGUCUGUCUUGUUCAUUUUUAAUGCUUCAUUGUUAACGCUGUUACGUAGCGUCGCAUGUUUAAUUGACGUGACUGAUCCGAAUAAAGACCUUUUUUGUUGUUGUUUAACUGAA